AUGUCUCGCAUCCAACGCUCUCGAAUCCCACGAGAUAUUCAACGAGCACUCAUUGCCAACUCAGUAUUGGCACACCGCACUCAGUCAGAGGGAGGGACACACCAUCCAGCUCGCUUUGACACCGAUUCAUUGCCAAUUGGCAUCGACAACCGCUGCUCCUUCUGCAUCUCCGACAAGGAAUACCACUUCGAAGAUCUGCGAAAAACACAGCACGUCAUCAAGGGUUUUGGAAAUCGAAAGACCAUUGAUGUCAUGGCUGGAACACUGGUUUGGAAAUGGUUAGAUGAUGACGGCAAGGAACACACAUUCCGAAUCCCAAAUUCAUUCUAUUUCAUUGAAACAACAGAAGGCAAGCUCUGUACACUGCAAUGGGGAGACAAGUGUCAGUAUUGCAAAACCAUUGCAGUUGACCCAAAAACAAAUGUUUUUACCUUUGAUUUGGCACCAGGAUAUGACAACUUCUACGCCUAUUGUGCCCAAUGUGCCAAAGCCAACCAGGAGGACGACCUCUUUGAAGAGGACCUUGAAGAACCUACAGCAAUGGAGGCAACAAUGGUCAGUGAUGACGAGCAUGACAAUGAUGAACUCACGACACCAACUUCCCAUCGAGAGGGAGAAUCUGAACCAUCGGAAGAUGAUCCCAAACCUCCAAUGCGUGAAACACCAAUGACUUUCGACCUCGAUAUGGACAAGAGCAAAUGUUCAGCACCAAUACACAUUGAGGACAAUGAGGAGGACACUCAAAAACAAAAUCAUGCAGCUGAGUUCCUCAAGUACCACCACAAGUUCAAUCACUGUUCACCAGCCAAGAUCCAAGCAAUGGCAAAGAAAGGUGAGCUCCCAAAAUACUUGGCAACAUGCGAUGUACCUGUAUGCAGUGCUUGCCAAUUUGGAAAGGCAACUAGAAGGCCGUGCACCAAGAACAAGAAGAAUGGUCGCAAAGCAAAAACUGCAACAAGACCAGGACAAGUGGUUAGUGUUGACAUGAUGGAAGCAGGAGUACCAGGUUUGAUCCCACAGACAUCUGGAUUUCUUACCAAAGAAAGGUACAGAGUUGCAACCGUUUAUGUUGACCAAUACUCCAACUUCAGCUAUGUGCACUUCCAGAAGAGCACAACCGUGGACGAGACGCUGGUAGGCAAGGAAGCAUUUGAGCGACUUGCUGCAACCUACGGGAUCCAAGUCCAACACUACCAUGCAGACAACGGAACGUUUGCCGCCAAGGGGUGGAUUGAUGCGUGUUACCAGAAGAAGCAGUCCAUAAGCUUUGCAGGGGUCAAUGCACAUCAUCAGAACGGAAGAGCUGAAGCAAGGAUCAAGCAUAUCCAGGACAUGGCACGUACCUCGUUGAUUCAUGCGACAAAGAGAUGGCCCGAGGCGAUCAAUGCUCAUCUGUGGCCCUUUGCAGUCCGCAUGGCAAAUCUCUCGAUCAAUGCAACACCAUGGUUAGCAGAUCUGAAGAAGCGCUCUCCAGAAGAGAUGUUUUCAGGUUCCAAAGUGGAUAAUAAUCCAAAGCAUUGGCACCACUUUGGAUGCCUGGUGUUUGUCUUGGACAAGAAUAUGCAGCAAGGCAGAAGACCUGCAGGAGGCAAAUGGAUGCCAAGGACCCAGGUCGGCAUCUAUUUGGGUCCAUCACCGCAACACUCAAGAAGUAUUGCGCUGGUUCUCAACCUCACGACAGGAAGAGUAGGACCAGAAUUCCAUGUAUACAUGGACUCCAAAUUCCACUCCGUGAAAAACUCCACCCGCCAAGAGAGACCCGAAGUCAAAUGGAUGGAAGCGGCCUACUUCGUGGAUGGACAGAAGAAGGGUGAGAAAAGAGGAGGAACUGAUCGCAAUGGUCAGAGGGAGGCAGCCCAGGCUGACACUCCAACGGUUCCACCGCAAGUCGGAUUCAACUUACCUAUUGAAGAAACAAGGAACCGGUCGAUCCAAGAUUCAGAGGGAGCUCCUCAACAAUCUGAACUUCCGGAUCACCCGUCCCCAGGGACACUCGAGCAAGAGCAGGCUCCGACAGGAGAUGGCCAACCAGCUCCAGCUCCUGCCCCAGUGGCAGCACCACCGUCACCAAGAGUGACACCUGCCGGAGAUCGUCACCAAUCAGUCAGAAGAUCAACAAGGCAAAGACAACAACCAGAGCGACUCAUCGAAGUCAUGACCGCUGAGCUCGCCGAUCUGGACGUACCUUUUGAACUCUUUGCGAUGGAAGCAAUGUUUCCAAAUCCAGUGGAACCUGAUGAUAUCCUUGCAAUGAAGGCAUCAACUGAUCCAGACACAAUGUAUCUGCACCAGGCAAUGAAGCAACCUGAUUGGAAGGAGUUUCAAAAGGCAAUGAUGAAGGAGAUGAGCGAUCAGAUAGACCAAAAGGUCAUCGAACUCAUCCCAAAGAAGGACUUACCAAAAGGAGCGACCUUGCUACCUGCGGUAUGGCAGAUGAAGCGCAAGCGCGAUAUCAAAACUGGAAAAGUAAAGAAAUGGAAAGCUCGGUUAAAUAUUGAUGGAUCCCGAAUGGUAAAGCAUCGCGAUUACGAUCUUACCUAUGCUCCUGUAGCAAGCUGGGGAAUCAUCAAGCUCCUCUUGGCACUCGCUCUCACACUUGGAUGGCACACAGUACAGCUCGAUUAUGUACUGGCAUUCACCCAAGCACCAGUUGAGAGGGAGCUGUACAUGCAGAUUCCAAAAGGGAUAGACCUUGAUGGGGCAAACCCGGCUGAUUAUUGUUUCAAGGUGAGACGCAACACAUACGGCCAAAAGCAAGCCGGACGUGUUUGGAAGGUCAAGAAGCUGAGAGAAUGCGGCUUUGCCCAAUCCAAGGUGGAUGACUGCGUCUUCUUCAAGGGCAAAAUGAUCUAUAUCUUGUACACAGAUGACUCGAUCAUUGCAGGACCCAACAGGAAAGAAAUCAACGAAGCAAUAUCUUUGAUGAAAGAAAAAUUAGACUUGACUAUUGAAGGGGAUCUCAAGGACUUUCUUGGAGUAAACAUCGAGAAGAAGGAUGGCGGAUUUUGGCUCACACAGCCUCACCUCAUCAAUCAGAUCCUAGAGACCUUGCGACUCAAGCAAAAGGACAAACCAAUCAACAAUUCGAACUCUCGAGACACUCCAAUGAUCCACUCCAGAAUCCUUCAAAGGAAGCAGACUCCCCGGAAUUUGACAAUCAAUUCAAUUAUCGAUCACUCAUUGGGAAAAUAG